AUGAAGCUUUCCCCAGCUGUUCUAGCCGGGUCCCUGGCGACCAGACAAGAGAUCGACUACAACUCGGCUCCGCCAAACUUGUCGACCCUUGCCAACUCAAGCCUCUUUGAGACAUGGCGGCCGAAAGCCCACGUUCUCCCGCCUUCUGGGCAGAUCGGUGAUCCUUGUAUGCACUACACGGACCCGAAUACGGGACUCUUCCACGUCGGCUUUUUACAUGACGGCAAUGGUGCCUCCGGCGCAACGACCGACGAUCUUGUUACUUACAAGGACAUCAACGCAAACGGAGCACAAUUCAUUGUGCCGGGCGGGAAGAAUGAUCCCAUCGCGGUAUUCGAUGGAUCAGUUAUCCCGAGCGGUAUCAACGGCGCACCAACCCUCCUCUAUACAUCUGUCUCUUACCUGCCAAUUCAGUGGACAAUUGCGUAUACCAGAGGAAGCGAAACGCAAUCCCUAGCUGUAUCAACAGACGGUGGACGCAACUUCACUAAGCUCGAGCAGGGUCCGGUCAUCCCAUCCCCUCCCUUCGCAGUCAACGUGACGGGCUUCCGCGACCCCUUCGUAUUCCAGAACAGCAAGCUUGACGCCCAGCUUAAGAGUGCCCCUGGUACAUGGUACACUGUCAUCUCCGGUGGUGUCCACGGCGAAGGACCUAGCCAGUUCCUCUACCGCCAACACGACGCCGACUUCCAAUACUGGGAGGAAUUGGGCCAAUGGUGGCAUGAACCUGCCAACUCAACCUGGGGCAACGGUGACUGGGCCGGUCGAUGGGGAUACAACUUCGAAGUCGCCAACGUUUUCGGCUUAGACGAACAAGGAUACAAUGAAGAAGGUGAUAUCUUCACGACUUUGGGCGCGGAGUGGUCAUUGGACCCCAUCGUGCCCCAAGUCUCCGACUUCCGCGAGAUGUUGUGGGCCGCCGGAAGCAUCUCUCCCUCCUGCGGCGGCAAGAAAGUCAAGUUCACACCUAACAUGGCCGGCAAACUCGAGUGGGGACACUCCGCCUACGCCGCCGCCGGGAAAGUGCUUCCCGCCAGCUCCCAAGCCUCGCAGAAGAGCGGCGCCCCCGAUCGCUUCAUCUCCUACAUCUGGCUGACCGGCGACUACUACGGCACCAUCGAUUUCCCGACGAAUCAGCAGAAUUGGUCGGGCGCGCUCUUGCUCCCGCGCGAGUUGAGCAUUGGCAAGAUCGACAACGUCUUCGACAACGAACUUGCGCGUGAGACGGGAUCGUGGCGCGUCAAGAGCAAUCACUCCGGUAUCUUGACGUUGGAGACUCUCAAGCAGGAGAUUUCGCGCGAGGCACUUGCUAAGCUUACCAGCGGCACUUCGUUCACCGAGCCCGGCCGGACGCUCAGCGCACCAGGCGCUACCACUUUCCAGACCGUGCCGGAGAGCAAAUUCCACGUUAUCACCGCGACCCUUUCUUUCCCCCAGGCAAGCCGAGGUAGCGACCUGAAGGCCGGUUUCCAGAUCUUGUCGUCUGAGCACGAGAGCACGACGAUCUACUACCAGUUCUCCAACGAAACCGUCAUGAUCGACCGCUCGAAUACUAGCGCCGCAGCGCUCACUACGGAUGGUAUCGACUCUCGCAACGAGUAUGGUCGAUUGCGGUUAUUCGACAUCGUUGAGGGGGAACACAAGAAGGUCGAGACUUUGAACUUGACUAUCGUGGUAGACAGCUCCGUAGUUGAGGUUCACGCCAAUGGCCGAUUCGCCAUUAGCACCUGGGCACGAUCGUGGUAUGAAUCCUCGAGAGAAAUCCGAUUUUUCCAGGACGGCAGUGGGGAGGUAACGUUCAGCAAUGUGACGGUGUACGAAGGGCUCUACGAUGCUUGGCCGGAGCGGAGCUAA